AUGAACUCACCUUACACAGCUUUGCAGUAUUACCCAGAGUUCCCAUUUCGUCGACUCAGGGACCCUUCAACCCUCCUGUCCUGGAGUGAAAGCUCUUUCCUCACCGCGAUGACUCAGAACCAGUCCGCACAGACAACUGACUUCUUUAGUCAGGAUGUAUUCAACCAGUUGUUUGAUAUGCUGGACCAGUCUGCCAUUCACUCAGUUCAGCCCAUUGAGCUUAACUUCACUGACAGUCCAACCGCUGGAUCAGCAGGAAACACCAUUCAGAUCAGCAUGGACUGCAUAACUAUGCAUGAGCAAGACGAUUUGGUUUCCCCUCCGUAUACCAACCUGGGGCUCCUAAACAGCAUGGAGCAAAACAACGGCUCCACCUCCACCAGCCCAUACAAUAACGACCAUGCUCAGAACAGCGUGACGGCGCCGUCCCCAUACGCCCAGCCCAGCUCCACCUUCGACGCCCUGUCUCCGUCACCGGCCAUCCCAUCCAACACAGACUAUGCCGGGCCGCACACCUUCGACGUGUCCUUCCAGCAGUCCAGCACAGCGAAGUCUGCCACCUGGACGUACUCAACAGACUUGAAGAAGCUCUACUGCCAGAUCGCCAAGACCUGUCCGAUUCAGAUCAAAGUGCUGACCCCCCCUCCGCAGGGAGCCGUGAUCAGGGCCAUGCCCGUAUACAAGAAAGCCGAGCAUGUGACCGAGGUGGUGAAACGCUGCCCGAACCACGAGCUGAGCCGCGAGUUCAACGAUGGUCAGAUUGCACCGCCGAGCCAUCUGAUCCGCGUGGAGGGAAACAACCACGCCCAGUACUUGGAGGACACCAUCACUGGACGACAGAGCGUACUAGUUCCAUACGAGCCGCCCCAGGUUGGGACAGAAUUCACAACAAUUUUGUAUAAUUUUAUGUGCAACUCGAGCUGCGUGGGUGGAAUGAACAGACGCCCGAUCCUCAUUAUCGUCACUCUGGAGACCAGAGAUGGCCAGGUGUUGGGCCGCCGCUGCUUCGAAGCCAGGAUCUGCGCCUGCCCGGGCCGAGACCGCAAGGCAGACGAGGACAGCAUCCGCAAGCAGCACGUAACUGACAACUCAAAGAGCAGUGAGGGUACGAAACGCCCUUACCGCCAAAUUUCCCAAAGCAUCCAAAUGUCCACCAUCAAGAAGAGACGAUCUACAGAUGAGGAAGUUUUUUGUUUACCCAUCAAAGGUCGUGAAAUCUAUGAGAUGCUGGUGAAAAUCAAAGAGUCUCUGGAGCUAAUGCAGUUCCUGCCACAGCACACAAUAGAGUCCUACAGACAGCAGCAGCAGAACCUCCUUCAGAAGCAAACCUCCAUGCAGUCUCCGACCUCCUUCGGCUCCAGCUCCCCAACUCACGGAAAAGUCAACAAGCUCCCAUCCGUGAGCCAGCUCAUCAACCCCCAGCAGCGCAACACGCUCACCCCAUCCAGCAUGUCUGGAGGCCUCACUGACCUGACUCCCAUUAUGGGCUCCCACCUCCCCAUGAGUGCUGACAUGAGUUCACUGAGCCCCACACACCCACUGCAGCAACAGCUGCCCCUGGUGCCCUCCUCCCACUGUACCCCCCCUCCUCCAUACCCCAUGGACAGCAGCAUCUCCAGCUUCCUCCUACGGCUGGGCUGUGCAGGCUGCUUGGAUUACUUCACAGCACAAGGCCUAAGCAACAUGUACCAGAUUGAGAACUAUAACAUGGAGGACCUGUCCAGGCUGAAGAUCCCUGCAGAGUUCCAGCACAUCAUCUGGAAGGGCAUCAUGGAGCACCGACAGGUCAUUGAUUUCCCCCCCCCUCCACACAUAGUGCGCACCUCCAGCGGAGCCUCCACCGUCAGCGUGGGCUCCUCUGAGGCCCGGAGCGAGCGCGUCAUUGACGCCGUACGUUUCACCCUUCGCCAGACAAUCUCCUUCCCGCCGCGCGACGAGUGGUCCGACUUUUCUUUUGAUCUGGAUUCUCGCCGCAACAAACAGCAGCGCAUCAAGGAAGAAGGGGAGUAGGACGACGACUCCCCCCCCCCCCCCCCCACCCACCCUCCAUACCCCCAGAUUCUCAUUUCACGCCAGAUGAUGGAACAUUUCAGAAAAAAAAAAAACUUUCUUGGUGCAAAGGCUCUACCCUGGAAUCCUGUAUACCGAUUGCCGAAGUGCACUUAUUUUCAUUUUGUAUCGCUUGUUUUUUUUUCAGCAGAGGAGAUUUUUGUUAACGAGUAACAGCUUUUUUUUAUGUUAUUUCUUGAGAGCACUUAAGAAAUGCUGAGUAUUUCAAUGUUGUUGCCAAGCGUUUGUGUUUUGUUUUGUUUGAAAAGGAUGACUGGAAGCUGGUGUGCUUGUCUGGGUUGUUGUUUCACCUUAGCAAGGUCUCACGUCUCAAGUGGGACGACCCGUAUAAAUAAAGCUUUAAUGGUGGGUCAUCACUGUUCUCUGUGACACUAUUCUGUAAGUUAGUCCGGUACACUGGUAAGCAUUUGUGGCACAAGUCGCAAUAGAUUGUAAACAUUUCAUGCGCUCUUCUUUAAGAAGUAUUAAGUGACAGGAGGGACAACUUGUUUUCCACUGUAGCUGUAGUUCUUUGUGUGUCACCUUAUUCAGCCAGCUUUGAAGUAUGCGUUUCAUCGACAGGUCAUUCAUUUGAUGUAGCCAACUAUAGGCCUAAUGCUCUUGACCCAGUGUUUUACUUUAUGUUUUACUAUGACUGAUGUCUUUAAGUUUUGUUUACCGCGACGCAUCGCCUCCCUUUUUCUUUCAUGCUGGGAUUUGUUUUAAACCCUGCAGACUUGUUUUGGUAUUCUUUCAUUGAAUAAGUGACCAGAACCCAAAAUGUUUGUACAUAACCUUUGUAUAGUCUUCCAAGAGGAACCAAGUAUUACCAGGGGUUCAUAUGCAGGAACCGUCCGAGAGUCGGUUCAGCUUAGAUCAGUGAGUUAUGAUGGUAAGAAAGCAGGAAGUACAUGCUGUUUCAUAUUUUUGUAUCUUAUGUAAAUACAUCAAGCUUAGUUUGAUAUAAAUCCAAAAUAAACUUCCAUACUUGCUGUAUUGCAUGUUAA